AGACUCGGACCUCGCGCACAACUCGCGGCAUAUUACCACCACCGCCACCGGGCAAAACCGCCGCCGGCCGCAGGUGGCGCGCCGCUAUAAAAAGCCGCCACGGGCCCUGCCGCAUCUCCCCAAACAGGCCGGCCGACCGACCAAAGAGAGAGAGCUAGCACACGACGAGCACUAGUGGUAGCGAGCUCUAGGAACAAGAACAACUAAUCCUUUGUGCUUGUUUCCAAGAUGAGCGUGGAGAUCCUGGACGGGCGGACGGUGCAGAGCUUCGUGGAGGACGAGCGCGCGUUCAACUCGUGCGUGGACGCCCGGUUCGCGGCGCUGGACGCGGACCGCGACGGCCGGCUCUCGUAUGCCGAGAUGGCGCGGGAGCUCGCGGCGCUGCGCGUGCGGGAGGCGCACUUCGGCGCCGACGCGCCGGCGCCCGCGGCCGAGCUCGCGCGCCUCUACGGGGCGCUCUUCGCGCGCUUCGACCGCGACGGCGACGGCGCCGUGGGCCCGGACGAGUUCCGCGCCGAGAUGCGGGAGGUCAUGCUCGCCGUCGCCAGCGGCCUCGGCGCGCUCCCCGUCCAGAUGGUCGUCGAGGAGGGCGGCCUCCUCAGGAGGGCCGUCGACAGGGAGCUCGCCGCCACCACGGCAGCCUGCUGAACGCCUCGCCGUCGUCGUCAUGCGCCGCCGUUUGAUCCCUGUGCUGAUCCUGGAUUCCUGACCUCGCUCUGGCGUUGCAGCUCACGGGUCUUUGAGAAUUUCUAAUUAUGCAGUAUCUCGUAGUACACUCAUCAUAACAUAUAGUACUUUACACGCUACUUACUAUCACGCACAAGAGUAUUUGGAUUGUGUACUUAUGUACUAAUAGGCGUGUGUACUAAUUAUCGCUGAGUGAGAUUUCAUUUCAGCAGGCUUUCAGCUGUGUAACCGUGACGCAAACAGUAUUUCUAUACAUGAUCGGAGAGUAUUGAUGAAUU